CUUGUUUCUUUGAAUAGUGAAUACAAAAGCAAUUCCUUAUAUAAACCACUUCAAGUCCUUAAUCUUCUCUCACAAAGAAAAAACACUAUCUCUAUCGACAAAGAUAAGAGAACUCAGAAGCUUCUACUCUUAAAAUGGCAACUUUCUCUUAUUUCCAAAACUACCCUCAUUCCCUUCUUGAUCCUCUUCUCUUCCCUACACCUCACUCCUCCAUUAAUCUCACUAGUUUCAUCGAUCAAAACCAUCUCUAUCCACUACCAAACAUUUCCACAGUUGAAGACAUUUCCUUUCUUGAAUAUAAUGUUGACAAAACUGAAAACUCUGGUUCAGAGAAACUGGCCAACACAACCAAAACAGCAACCACCGGUUCUUCUUCCUGCGACCAGCUCAGCCACGGACCAUCAGCCAUCACCAACACCGGAAAAACCCGUGGGAGGAAGGCCAGAAACAGUAAUAACUCCAAGGAAGGAGUAGAGGGAAGAAAAAGCAAAAAACAGAAGAGAGGAAGCAAAGAAGAGCCUCCAACAGAUUACAUUCACGUUCGAGCUAGAAGAGGCCAAGCUACUGAUAGCCACAGCCUUGCUGAGAGGGUGAGAAGGGAAAAGAUAAGUGAGCGGAUGAGGACUCUGCAAAACCUUGUUCCGGGCUGUGAUAAGGUAACAGGGAAGGCCCUCAUGUUGGAUGAGAUUAUAAAUUAUGUCCAGACCUUGCAGACUCAAGUUGAGUUUCUCUCAAUGAAGCUAACUUCUAUAAGUCCGGUGGUCUAUGACUUUGGCUCCGACCUUGAUGGCCUCAUACUUCAAUCUGAGAUGGGUUCUCCAGAAGUAGGAACGUCUUUUACCAAUGCAAUGCCAACAACUACUCCUAUCUUUCCUUCACUAUUGGAUAAUUCUGUAGUUCCCACACAUGCACAAGUUCAGGUUUUUCAUUUUUUUCUAUAAGUGAUUAUUUCAGAUAAUAAUUAUAAUAAGGAGAAUGAAGAUAGAUAAGAAUCAAUUAUUGGAAGAUUAAUAGAUAGUGAUGUGUUGCUUAAUUUAGGAAGAGGGAGAAGAAAGAGAGAACUUUGUAGACAGAAGUGGGUUCAACAACAACAACUUCUGUUCUUUCCCUUGAUAAAAUUACAUGUCGACACAAACACAAAAGCCUGCUUUCGUGAGUUUCUUCUGGUCUUGUCUCUUCAACUACCUAAUUAUUAUCAUUACAAUUAUUUUUAACAUUUCUCAUAUAGAAAUUGUUAAAAAUCUUGAUGUGGGUUCGUAAUUAUUGCUAUCGUUUAUUGGAUGUAGGUUGAUUUAAUCUCCUCCCAUUUGCACGGAGGGAAUAAAAUCUACGUAAACCAGGUUUUGUAAAAGUGGAUGUACUUAUUUGUUCCGUUUAUAUAGUUUGAAGAAAUAAAGUAUUUUAGAGACUUAAAAAGCUCAUUUUCUCUAUUUGUCCCGAGAGUUUCAACAUAAUCAUUACAUAAAAUCAAUGGAUAAAUUCAUACUAAAAGAGAAUGGUAUAUGAGGCAGAGGCAAAUUCGAUGGAGGAAAGAAAGACAUAUAAACUAAGAAGACCUAUCAGCUUAAUCAUUGUUUUUUUUAAUAUAAUUGAAUUUUGAUGUAUCCACUCAUUAAUUUUAUAAGUUCUUGUAUUUUCACCACUUCUGUCUUUCUGAUUUCUUGCACCAAAGUUUCCUUUUUCCUCCAAUCUUUUUAAAUGUAAACUGUUAUCCACACACUCAUGUUAUAUUUCCUAUAUAUAUAAAAAUGUUCGAGGG